AUGACGGAAGAAUACAUUCUAAGUACAUCGAAUAAUAUCGAUUGGAUUUUCUGCUGAACAUUUACAUCUUCGUAAUAGAAUCAGCUUCUAUUUAAAACGAGAUACAGUACGAUCGUUGAAUCCUAAUGGAUUAUUUAUGGUGGUAUUCAUGAAGUUAGUGGACUUUUUAUUAAACAUUCUAUACUAUACUACAUUUCUCUUUUAUAGAUAUCCUUUAACAUUGAUUUCAAACAGCUCUGCUGCACAUCGAACGAAAUCAAAAAUCUAUUUUAAUCUAACUUUUUAUAUUUUUCAUUAUUUGAAAUAUUUUUAUAUUAAAUAUUUCAAGAACACAAGUACUACGAGGAUUUACAAUUAUUAUAAAAUAAACGCAAAACUUUACAGACAUUCAGAAUAUUGUCUUAAUAGAAAUGGUACUUCAGACUACUCUAAAAACGUAAGAAGAUUAAAAAAUUGAACGAUCCUCCAUUAGUAUUCUAAACAAAUAUUCUUGUUCCAAAUUAAGGUUUCAACUAUAGACAAGAUGCUAGUAGCAUUCUAAUUAAUAUCUAAUUAUUCUAUCAUAAUGCUGAUUCAUUGAUUAGAAAUAUUUAUUUGCUACAAUUUUUAAUUAUAUUAAGUAUAUAAUUACUUAGAAGUAAUAUUAUAUAAUUAUUUACAAGUAUUACUUAUAAUUACUUAUAUAAUUUUUAAUUAUAUUAAGUAUAUUAAGUAUAUAAUUAUAUUUUUAAUUAUAUUAAGUACAUAAUUUUUAAUUUCCAAUUGCCUAAAUAUAUCUAUACUCAGUGCUUUGAUAAAUCAUAUACCUUCUUUUUAUUGUUUUUAGAUAGUGGUAUGCAUUCUUAUAGGUAUGCAUUAUCACUCUUUCAGUGAUAGUAGCAUAAAUAGUGCGAUGAUCACAAUGGGUGCAUACGGUGGAUAUUUAAUUAUUCUCGUGGGAAUAUUCUUUGGAAUUAUUAUGGGAUCUGGCAUAGAUCGUCGUAUAGACAUGUUCUACUCAGUGGUCGGUUGCAUCUUAUUCAUCAUCGCCGGUGCUCUGAUCCUCGAGCACUUCGCGAAUUCAGUUUACCGUGGUUCUUUCCGCGACACAGGAUUGGCUAAAGGUAGCAUCACCAUCGUCGGAGGAAUUUUAUUCUUGAUAGAUGCAAUACUUAAUAAGUGGCAAUCCUUCUCUAAUGUAAAUGUAAGUGAAAGUGCUGUAAUCAUGACUGUUACACAUAAAUUAAAUCAUGACCAUGGCGCCAUAUUUAUUGUAAGUUGGUUAAGAGUAUUAGAAUAAUUCUUUUAUUUUUAUUGUUUCGUAUUUUCGAUUUUUCAUACGUCUGUUUACUUAUUUUAAUUUAUGAAUUUAUAAGGUUAUAACCCAGAAUAUGUGA